AUGAUGAUAAAAAAUUUUUAUAAAUUUUUCCUUUUAUAUUCCUUUUUCUUAUUCAUGUCAUGUCUCACUAAAAAAAUGUUAUUUGUUAAUUUUUUUAACAAAACUAAUAUAAACUAUAAUAAAAAGAAGGACAUAAAUGAAAUGUGUAUGAAUAGACCAACGAAUACAAACAAGGGAUUUAUUACAAACAAAGGAUAUAUUACAAACAAAGAAUAUAUAUCAAAUAAUGCACACAAAAACAUAUGUACACCAAAUUAUGGACAAACAUAUUCAAAUAUAUUAAAUGAUGAAGAGAAAGAAAAAAUAUUACAACAAUAUAUAUAUACAUUAUCCCACUUAUCUAUUAUAGAUAUAGAUAAAGAGAAAGAUAUAUCAUUAAAUAUAUCUUUAUUAUUAAAAGCAUGUUUGGCUUCUCAUAAUUACAUUAAAAAUGUAGAAAUAUAUACAAGUCAAAUAAAAAAUAAAGAUAUAUGCUCAUUUAUAUAUGAACACAGAACAGAUUUCGAGGAUUUUUUGAACACUCAUAUUUUAAAAUACAUAGACUUUUUUAAUAAAGACAAAAUAGAAGAUACACUUCAAUCAUAUAUUAAAGACAAAAUUUUAUAUGAAAAUGAAUUAAAUAUAUUCAAUAUAAUAAAAAAUAAUAAUAUAGAAUUAAGAAAAGAUAUAUUACAAGAUAUAUUAUUUGAAUGCAUAAGACUUAAUAAAAUUAUUCAAUAUUCUCUUGCAGUUAAUAAAUUAGAUUUAUUUUCUUAUCAUAUCAUUUUUAAAAUAUUUAUGUAUUUUAAAACAGACCAAUUUUAUUAUCAUCUAUUCUUAAAUAAUAUUCAAAAAAUUAAAUAUUACUAUUCUAUAAAAAAUAUAUCAGAUGAACAUAAAGAAAUUAUAUACAAAAUUGUUGACAAGUAUUUGUACAUUAUUCAUUAUAUGAAUAAUAUGUAUCAAAAUAGAGACAUGAAAAAUGUAUAA